CCGCCACGCCCGUCAUGGUGGCCGCCGCCUCGGCCGGCUCUGGCCCCGCCCCGUGACGCGGCGUGGGUCACCUGACCCGGCUGCGGGGUGAGGAGACACAAGGGAAGUCGCCGUCGCCGAAUUCGGAGCCGCCGCCGCCCCCGGGAGCUCAGCACAAUGCCGUCGGAAAAGACCUUCAAGCAGCGCCGCACCUUCGAACAAAGAGUAGAAGAUGUGCGGCUCAUCCGAGAGCAGCACCCCACCAAAAUCCCGGUGAUCAUAGAACGAUACAAGGGUGAGAAGCAGCUGCCUGUCCUGGAUAAAACCAAGUUCCUCGUCCCUGACCACGUGAACAUGAGCGAGCUCAUCAAGAUCAUCAGGCGGCGCCUGCAGCUCAACGCCAACCAGGCUUUCUUCCUGCUGGUGAACGGCCACAGCAUGGUGAGCGUGUCCACGCCCAUCUCCGAGGUGUAUGAGAGUGAGAAGGACGAGGACGGCUUCCUGUACAUGGUGUACGCCUCCCAGGAGACCUUCGGGGGGCUGUCGGCGCACGCCUAGAACAGCGCGGAGCCUGCAGGCCCUUGCCAAGGAGAAAAAGGGAUGUCACCAGCUGAGAUGGCUCAGCUCGUCCAGUUACAGCGUGUCAGAACAGUCUCGUUCCCACCUAGGAGUUUCAGGAAGUUGUUUUUGUAUUUCAUGCAGAAAAACUGAGUUCCCGUGAGCACAUUCAGCUUUGGAAAGCUCUAUUAUUUAACCUCAGCUACCUUGUUUUCAAAGUUUAGAAGUUUAAAAAUAAAAUACUUUGCAUCCUAAAUCGCCAGUAGAACAGCCCGUCAGUUAUUUGAACGCUCUUCCCCCUGGUAGGAACUGGCCACUGGAGCAGCGGUGACUUCAGGCACUGGGCCCCCGAGGCCCCAGCGCCCUCUGCACGCGGCCCCGCACCCCGAGUCCGGCCUGCCACCACCUCCUGCGCAGCUGCUGCAGUGGCUCCGCUCGGUGGGAAGCGGUGCGCUUGAGCCGAGUAACCUGUGGCUUCCUUAAAAGCAGCAGGGAGCGGCGGGGUGUCUUCUGCUGGCAUCUCUGGGCUGAGGCCUCCAGCGGGCCCCUGCGCAGCAGCAGUGUCCAGUGCUGUCCUGGGGUCGUGGUAGUGGUGGAAGUGAGCGCCCUUUGCCUGUGGUCCUAGGUGGUGCUUUUCCUUUAGUGGGUCCUCAGGGCAUUAGGGACAGGUUCUCAUGGCGCUGGCUGCCCCACUGUGCACCCAGGGCACCUACGCAGGAACCCAUGUGGCAGAGCCACGGAAGGGUCACAGUCACACCACCACCAGAGCAGGCCAUGCUUGGCCUCGUUUGCUGUCUGCAGUGAUGACAGGAGAGCCAUUUGCUGUCACAGAGGGAGAAGUUUGGAGGCCGCGCCAGGACCCCGGCUCCGUCCCCAGAUGCCCCCACCCCACCCUGCAUGCCGCCCAGCGGUAAUGUUAACCUGUGUGAUUCCACGUGAUGUCCAUUCUCAGCCUGUCUCCUCUGGACUGUGCGUACCACUACUGAGAUCCUUGUAACCACUGUAGCAGUAGACGCCUGCAACACUGCUUUCUAAAACGCAAGUACCACGCUGAGGCCAUGUUCGUUUGUAGGACGUUUAAAAGCAGAUGCUUCUAACGCACCAAGAAUAAAGAUUGGCUGAACCUG